AUGAGUGAUUCUAAAUCAUACGUAAACUUCUCCUGCCAGCGUUGUCUUCAACCCUUGAAAUUAGACGAAUCAUUGAAUAACUUGGGUGAGCACACGAUAGCCGAUUUAACACUGCAGAUACGCAGGAAUAAUGAAGCUGAUCUGGAUUUGCAGUCUGCGAGUUUGGAGCAUUAUGUUCCACCCUUUAGAAUGUCUGAAUCAGGCAAUGGGGCAAAUGGAUUCAUGGUGAUCUCUGAUGGCUGGGAAACAACCUCGCUAGGCCACCAGUUGCAUGUGAAGGCAACAUUAUAUGAUUUAUUGUCUAAUAACUCUGAUGUUGACCAUCCACUUUGUGAUGAAUGUACGGACACUCUUUUAGAAUUGAUGGAUAAUCAGUUAAGUCUUACUGAAGCAGAAUGGAAAGAUUAUAAUGACUAUUUGAAGAAGCUAGAAGAUGAUAAAGAGGAUUUAAACCUUGAAGGAUUAGAGAAAGAGCUGGAAGAUUGGAAGCAGGAACAAAGCAGAUUAUUACAAGAGCUAUCAGCAUUACAGAAGGAGGAAAGGGCUAUGAAAGAUGAAAUAGAUGUGCAAGAAAGAGAAAAGGAAAGAUUAGAAAGGGAGCAAGAUAUUUACUGGAAAGAGUACACAAAGUAUCGCAAAGAUUUAAUGACAACAGAGGAUCAGAUGAAGUUCUAUGAAUGUCAACUUUCGUACACCCAGUCGCAACUGGAAAAAUUAAAGAAGACUAAUGUGUUCAAAGCAACAUUCCACAUUUCAGAUUCUGGGCAAUUUGGGAUAAUCAACAACUUUCGGCUAGGCAGACUGCCUACUGCCCCAGUCGACUGGUCUGAAAUUAAUGCAGCAUGGGGCCAAACCGUCUUGCUUCUCUCGUCCUUGGCAAGGAAGAUUAAUUUCUGCUUCCAACGCUACCGUUUGGUUCCAUACGGUAAUCAUUCCUACAUAGAGGUUUUAGAAGAUCAGAAAGUUCUGCCCCUGUAUGGAUCAGGGGGAUUCCGAUUUUUAUGGGACACUAAGUUUGAUGCAGCAAUGGUAGCAUUUCUGGACUGCUUGCAGCAGUUUAAGGAGCAAGUUGAGAAGGGUAAUAACGGUUUUUGUUUACCAUAUAGAAUAGACAAAGGUAAAAUCGAGGAUACAGCAUCCCCACCUCAUGCAUACUCUAUCAAAAUUCAGUUUAAUUCAGAAGAACAUUGGACAAAAGCAUUAAAGUACAUGCUGACGAAUUUGAAAUGGGCACUAACAUGGAUCUCUUCACAAUUUAGCGAGGAUAAAGCUGAAGAACCA